AUGAUUCCAUCACUGAUGUUACUUACUGUUACGUGGGUGCUUACGCCUAAUGAUCGCAGUUUAGCUGCUAACUGUGAAGCUUAUCAAGAUGGUUUAUCCUGUAAUGAGCGGCCUGGCUUUGCUCGCGCUAUAGAUGGCCGCGCACAUGGCCUUAGGCGUGUGUUAGUCAACAGAGACCAAUUUACUCUCAACAGUCCUCCUCUUCAGUACCAGUUACUCAUCUCAAGUGUUUCAGUCCUUAACACGCGAGUUUGUUCAGACUCCGCGGUCGAUGCCUCAACGAGCUGGAAAUAA